AGAAGUGGGUCAGCGGUGCGGAGGGGCGGGUGGAGGUGCGGAGCCGCCCGGUGCCGCCCGGUGCCCCAUGAGCCGCCCGGCACCGCACUGAGCGCCGCCGGAACGAUGCGAGCCCAAAUCGAGGUGAUCCCCUGCAAGAUCUGCGGGGACAAGUCCUCGGGGAUCCACUACGGCGUUAUCACCUGUGAAGGCUGCAAGGGCUUUUUCCGGCGGAGCCAGCAGAACAAUGCCAGCUACUCCUGCUCGAGGCAGAGGAACUGCCUGAUCGACCGCACCAAUCGCAACCGCUGCCAGCACUGCCGCCUGCAGAAAUGCUUGGCCCUGGGCAUGUCCCGUGAUGCGGUGAAGUUUGGCCGCAUGUCCAAGAAGCAGCGGGACAGCCUCUACGCCGAGGUGCAGAAGCACCAGCAGAGGCAGGAGCAGAGCGGUGGCCCCAAGGAUGAGCCCGAACCCCUGAGCCGCAUCUACACCACCAGUGUCAGCAGCGGCCUCUCAGACCUGGAUGACAUCUCCACGCUGUCUGAUGGGCUCCUCUUCGACUUCCCCCUCACUCCUGAUGGCAGCAGCAGCUAUUACAACCUCGACCUGUUGGCCUCGGCACAGCCCUCGCCCGAUCAGUCCAGCCUGGAUGUGGCCGACGCCACGCUCAUCAAGCAGGAAUCCAUCUAUGAGCUGAUGCUGGAGCCAGCCCUGUUUGCUCAUGGUGCACUGGAGGGCAGCCAGCUGGCUGGGGACAUCUCCAUCCUUGAGAUCGACCGGAUCGCCCAAAACGUGGUGAAGUCUCACCUGGAGACCUGCCAGUACACAGCAGAGGAGCUGAAGCACCUGGCCUGGAGCCUGUACUCCCCGGAGGAGGUCCGUGCCCUGCAGAGCAAGAGCUGUGAGGCCAUGUGGCAGCAGUGCUCGCUGCACAUCUCCAACGCCAUCCAGUAUGUGGUGGAGUUCGCCAAACGCAUCGAUGGCUUCAUGGAGCUCUGCCAGAACGACCAGAUCAUCCUCCUCAAAGCCGGUUGCCUCGAGGUUCUCCUGCUCCGCAUGAUCCGCGCCUUCAACCCCCUGAACAACACUGUGCUCUUCGAGGGGAAGUUCGGCGGCGUGCAGAUGUUCAAGGCGCUCGGGUGCGAUGACCUCAUCAGCGCCGUCUUCGAGCUGGGGAGGACCCUGUGCCGCCUGCAGCUGUCGGAUGAGGAGCUCGCCCUGUUCACUGCCGCCGUGCUGCUCUCCCCGGACCGCCCGUGGCUGACGGAGUCCAAGAAGGUGCAGAAGCUCCAGGACAAGAUCUACGUGGCCCUACAGCACGAGAUCCAGAAGAAACACUCCGCCGAGGACAAACUCUCAAAGAUGGUCUCCAAGCUGCCCCUGAUGAAGACCAUUUGCAACCUGCACUUGGACAAACUGGAGUUUUUCCGUCUCCUGCACCCGGAGACGGCCAUGAACUUCCCACCCCUCUAUAAGGAGGUCUUCAACUCGGAGCUGCAGUACAGCGACCCACGGGAGAGCUAAGGCUGGGAGCUGCCAGCCCCCUCCCCAGCCCCAGAUCCAGAGACGAACUGAACCCUGAGGUUUGGGGCCGUCCAUUUAACUCGUGUAACCAAACCCAAGACAGCGGGGUUGCGGAUUGCAAUAGCUCUUGAAUGUAAAGCACCUUGGAAGGAAAAGCAAACGGACUUUGCCAUACCCGUGAAAUGAAUGUGAAAUCUCCACUCGGGAGAGGAAAUGCUCCCGGAGGUGUACGGCUCCGACUCGUCCCGCGGUGCGUGGAUCCGGGGGUGCAGAACCAGAGGGGUGGGGGGUCCGUGCUCCCGGUUAGCAGAACUCACAGGGAAGGACACGGACCGAACCUCACGGUGGAAGAGCCGCCAGGAAGGCGAUGGGAUUUCCCACUUUGGAGAGAUUUGGGGUUUUGCCGCUCGCGCCGUCCGCCCCGCGCAGCCGUGCGCUUUGUGGCGCUGUGUCCGAACUCAUGGGAGCAUCCGUGGGUCCCAUCAGCCCCAUUUCUCCCCCCGGCGUGUUGGUAGAACCCACUGAGCGUCCCAGUGCUGAGUGCCAACCGGGGAUGUGCCGCACGUGUUUUCCUGCCCUCCCGGAUCCUGAAGGUCGGCAAGAAGGGAAGAGUCAGAAUUGCCUUUUUUCGUCUUUGGGAUUUGUCGCCGUCAGCGUCGCCGUCUUCAUUUCAUCGGCAAAGAAACCAUGAAAGCACCUUAAAGUGGGGAAGGAUGAGCCCUCGUGGGAGGGAUUUGGGGUUCUGAGCAAGAGGAGCCCACGUGGGAAGAGUGGAAGUAUCGAAUACCAAUAACUCAACUGCCCAACGCGGGAACCUGCACUUUUCAGUUCUCUUUAUAGGAACGGACUCUUCGAGUUAUUUAUUGGAAGGGACGGAGUGGAUUUUCACAGGGAGGGGUUUGGGGCCCUGCUGUGCUGCCAUCCCAAAGCCAAACCCAGGGGUCUUGGUGGUACGCGUCAAAAGGGAUGGGAAUGGAGCGCCGGAACCUUAACCCUUAAGCCUACCUCUAACCCCAACCCAUAACCCUAAGUGUAACCCCCCAACCUCUAACCCUAACCUAUGACCCACAACCCAUAACCCUACCCCCUACUCCUAACCCCUAACUCUUAACCCUAACCCCUACCCUUAAGCCCAACCCUAACCCAUAACCGACCCCUAACCCUGACCCCUAACCCUAACCUACAACCCUAACUCUUACCCCUACCCCCUAAGCCCUACCUCCAACCCCUACCCCCUAAUCCUAUUCCCUAACCCCUAACUCUUAGCCCUGUCCCUAAUUCCUACCCCUAGUCCCUAACCCUACACCUACAGCCUCUCCUUACCCCCUUACCAUACCCCUAUCCCUAACCCUCUUACCCCUUACCCCUUGUCCCCUACAUCUUAUCCCCUACACCUUGCCCUUACCCCUAACCCUAUAACCUUAACCCCCUUACCCCAAUCCACAACCCCUUAACCCUUACCCCCUUUCCUUUACACCUUACCCCUCCUGCCUUGCCCUACCCCCUUACCCCUAUUACCCCUUACUCCCUAACCCUUUAUCCCCUACUCCUUAUUCCCUGCCCCUUAUCCCCUAACCCCCUUACCCUACCCUCUAACCCUAACCCCCUUCCUCUUAUCCUACUCCCAACCCCUAAUCCUAACCCCCUUACCCUUACCCCUAACCCCUACCCCUUAAUCCUCUUACCCUUGCCCUUAACCCCAUAACCUUAACCCCCUUACCCCUACCCACAACCCCUUAACCCUUACCCCUAACCUUUACUCCUUACCCCUCCUGCCUUGCCCUGGUCCCUUACCCCUUACCCCUAUUACCCCUUAUCCCCUAACCCUCUUACCCCUUACUCCCUAACCCCUUAUCCCCUACCCCUUAACCCCUAACCCCCUUACCCUUAUCCUACCCCCAACCCCUAAUCCUAACCCCCUUACCUUUACCCCUUAACCCUCUUACCCUUAUCCCUAACCCCAUAACCUUAACCCCCUUACCCCUACCCACAACCCCUUAUCCCUUACCCCCUAACCUUUACUCCUUACCCUUACCCCUCCCGCCUUACCCCUUACCCUCACCCCCUUACCCUUAUCCCACCUCCUAACCCCAACCCCCUUCCUCUUAUCCUACCCCCAACCCCUAACCCUCUUACCCUUACCCCUAACCCCAUAACCCUCCUCCCCUUACCCCCUUAACCCCUGCCCCCUUACCCCACCCCCUUACCCUUACCCCUACCCCCUUACUGUACCCCCUAACCCUUUUACCCUCACCCCAACCCCCCUCCCCUCUUCCCUCUACCCCAGCAGCCCUCACCCCUCUCUCGCCCCACAUCCCAGCCCCAUGGGGCCGCGCUCUCCCCGUGCACUCCAUUCCACGUGGACGCAUUCAUCUGCCCUCAUCCCCCCCCGACCCCCCCCGCGCUGUGUACAGAACAGAUCAAACCUAAAUUAUGUCUAUUGCUGUGAAUGUCGGUGCAAAGAGAACGCUCUCGACGGAGCUCCGAUCGCUUCUUAUCUUAUCGGAAUCUCUAUGAAUGAAUGGGAAGAAUGGGAGAUCCCGCGUUCCGCGUCCCGGCUCUGCACCCAUAGGUGCUGCUGGCCCCGAUGGGAACCCCGCUGCAGUCGGGGGACGUGCGGGGGAUGUUCCGUCCGACGGGAAUUUCUAUUUUUUUAAAGAAAAGAAAAUGCUGAAUAAAACCUCUUCGGGCCCACGCA